AUGGUCACGUACGCCGGUAAACUGGUCCUGGCGCCAAUGGUGAGAGCUGGCGAACUUCCCACCAGACUGAUGGCGCUCGCUCACGGCGCAGACCUCGUCUGGUCUCCGGAAAUCGUCGACAAAAAACUACUUCAGUGCACUAGAAGGGAAAACACCACCUUGCAAACUGUCGACUACGUCGUGCCCUCCAAGGCCCAGGCAAGGCCCGAGACUCUCGUCUUCAGAACAUACCCGAAACUGGAAUCCUCACGGCUAAUCUUCCAAAUCGGCUCUGCCUCUCCGGCCCUCGCCAUCCAGGCCGCUUUGAAAGUGAUCAACGACGUCAACGGCAUAGACAUCAACGCAGGCUGCCCCAAACACUUCUCUAUCCACUCCGGCAUGGGAUCUGCCCUCUUGCGCACCCCGGACACGCUGUGCCUCAUCUUGCAAGAGCUGGUCAAGAACGUGGGCAAGCCCCACGGCAAACCCAUCAGCGUGAAAAUAAGACUCUUGGACACUGAACAAGACACUCUGCAGCUCGUCACACGCCUGUGUGCCACGGGCAUCGCCAACCUCACAGUGCACUGCCGGAAAACAGAAAUGAGAAACAGAGAGCAGCCCAUCACGGAUUACAUCGCAGAGAUCUACGAAAUAUGCCGCGCAAACAAUGUGUCGUUGAUCGUGAACGGCGCUAUCCACGACCGUUCUCAUUUCCAUGACUUGCAAACCAACCAUUGGGGCAACUCGAGCAUCGGUGGCAUGAUUGCAGAGUGUGCAGAACGAAACCCCACUGUCUUUGACCACACCGCGCAUGUUCCGGAACAAGUCCUGCCUUGGGUCGCCGCUUGCCGCGAGUUCAUUCAAUGGGCAACAAGGUUCGACAACCACAUCGGCAACACAAAAUACAUGCUAAGCAGGAUCGUGCCUGGGAAAUCGAGGUUUUUCCAGUACUUUGCCCGCUGCAAGUCCCCAGGAGAAAUCGAGUAUGUGCUUAAGCAAUUGAACGAUGAUGGCGACGCGCAGACAGAUCCCUCAGAGUACCUGGAGAAGUGCAGAGCUCAAGAGAAGACCUCAAAGAACGCCAAACGGAAGAAGAAGCAACCGGACUCUCUGGGCGGCGACGUCAAAAAGCAAAAGGUCGUGCCCCUUCCCGCAGAUGCAUAA